AUGGCUCAGAAGAGAAAGCGAUUCAGUAUUGCGGAGAAAUUUGGCAUCCUUCAGGAUCUCGACACCGGUGCCAAACGCAAGGAUGUUGAGGAGAAGCACGGUAUAUCCCACGGCACGCUGGCAGGGUUCAUCAGGGAUCGCGAGCGGAUCGCAAAUGCCUCAGCCAAAUCAACAGCUCAAGGUUUCCAGUCAAAACUCUCCAUUCGCCAACCGAGAUUCUGCGAAGUGGAAUCCAUUGUAUUGGAAUGGCUUCAGCAGGAAGCUAGUCUAGCGCCAAAGAAAGUCCUCUCCGGACCUGACCUACAGGCAAAAGCUCAGUACAUAUUCCGAGCGCUGGUGUCGCGUGGAAUAGAUCUGUACAAAGACGAGGACGUAGAGAAGCUUGAUUUAAGCUGGAUUCAACGCUUCAGGAAACGGUACGGUAUCUCGGGAAAAGCGAGUGUUGACGAGAGUCCUGCUGCUAGUGCUACGGCGUGUAAAUCUCGAGGAAAAAAGGAGACACCCAUUGAACAGAUUGAGAAGGAGUUUCACAAGAAUGAUAUUUUCAACAUAUGCAAGACUGGGGUAGAGUGGCGAAUGACUCCUGAAACUGCAUUUCUGGAUGGAAGGCGGAAGAAUGCAGAUGUGGUUGGAGAACGAUUAGUUGUUCUAGUCAGUGCAAGCGCUGUGGGGGAAAAGCUCCCUCUAUUCAUCGUCGGCAAUUGUAAUCUUCCAAAUUGCUGUGAAGGAGACGUGAACAACUCAGUCACAUAUCAAGCAAACAGAUUGGCUUGGAUAACAGGCGAAGUGUUCGAGACUUGGGUGAGGAAACUGGAUAAUCAGAUGAAAGCUUCUGGCAGGACUAUUGCUCUAGUACUGGACAAGUAUUCAGCUUAUCCCGAUAUUGACAAUCUGAGCAAUGUGAAAAUAUUCUUUGUGCCACUGAAGACCUCGCACACAAAUCAACCAUUGUAUUCUGGAAUCAUCACUGACCUCAAGAGCUCUUACCGGUAUCUACUAGUGAAGCGAUGCCUUGCAUGUCAUGAGUCUAGUGUACCAUUCAGUUUGCACUUGCUUCAGGCGCUGGAGUGGCUGAGUAGCUCAUGGAACUCCCUCAAGCCGGCCACCAUUGUCCGUGGCUUCCGUGCCGCUGGCUUCCGCCAUUCCACUCCCCGUACGCAGCAGAAACAUGCAUCUGGUGCCGCAACUAGCACUAGUGGCCCUACACUUGAUGGAGCAGAGUGCGUAAUAUGGAAGCAGGCGCAAGACGCACAUCUGGUACAGAGUGGAAUAUCAUUUCAGAACUUUGUCAACAUUGAUGAUAAGCUACUGACAACCAGUACGUCGUCACUUGAAGCCCUCGUCGACAUGAUCCUAGGCCAAUCUCUAGCUGAUGCCGAGCAACUGGAAGGUGGUAACGGCGAGGGAGAGUGUGCUGUCACUGCUGUGCGUACAACAGUAGAGCAUCCUCCAUCAUCAUUCAAGGAAGCCUUCAAUGGUCUGAACGCUGCUCUAACCUAUAUGCAGUCCUUACCCGGUGCUGCUGAGCAUUGCCGUGCUCUGGCACAUGCACAGGGUAUGUGUGUCGAUACUCAACUAAAGCUGCAGUAG